GUUCCCAUAAGAGAGAAUUGAGCACCAUCACUCACUCAAAACCUGAACCACAAUGCUGGACAGAGCCUUCUCCGCUCGCCGCACUCAACCUCACUCCCUCUUCGACGUCCCCACCUCCUCCGCCGUUUCCGAUGUCUCUCCCGACGCCGAAUCCGCUGACUUACUCGCCGACGAGUCCAAAACCAAGAAACCACACCUCUACGUCUUGGCCUCCAAUUAUAUGUCGCGCUUGGGACUCGUCAAAUCGCCGUGCCUCUGCCUCUCACUCUGUCUUCUUUUGAGCGUUUUCAUACUUUUCUCUUUGAUGCUUAACUCUCGCUCCUUCGUUUGCCUUUCGUCCUAUGACCCGAUAUCUCGUGCCAGUUUCUUUGGUCUCGAUGGGCUCGAUUCCGAUUUCGGAUCCCUCGGUGUUCCUUGGUGCAGAUCGAAACAAGGAAAAACAGUUGAAUGGACAUCCAAAGAUUUAGUCAAGGGCUUGGAGGAGUUUGUACCAAUAUAUGAAACACGUCCAAUAAAAAACAACAUGCAUGGAAUGGGUUUUGACCACAGCUUUGGGCUUUGGUUCAUUGCGCAAUGGCUGAGACCGGAUAUAAUGAUUGAGAGUGGUGCUUUCAAGGGACAUUCCACUUGGGUUAUGCGGCAAGCAAUGCCUGACACACCAAUUAUCUCACUCACACCCCGGCAUCCUGAGAAGUACUUGAAAAAGGGGCCUGCUUAUGUUGAUGAAAAUUGCACUUACUUUGCUGGAAAAGAUUUUGUGGAUUUUGGAAGUGUUGAUUGGGAGAGGGUGCUGAAGAAACAUGGAAUUUCUGAUUUCAGCAAGGUUCUUGUCUUCUUUGACGAUCAUCAAAAUGAAUUGAAAAGGCUGAAGCAGGCAUUGAAAGCUGGCUUUAACCAUCUUAUUUUUGAAGACAAUUAUGAUACUGGAACUGGAGAUCACUAUUCGUUGAGGCAGAUAUGUGACCAGUUCUACAUUAGAGGAGGUGGUCAUAGCUGCUUCAAGGACAGUGAUGAAGCUAGGAUUAGAUCGAAAAGAAAGAAAUUCUGGGAGAAGGCUGUGGAUAUAGAUGAACUAUGCGGGCCACAUGAAGCAUGGUGGGGUGUUAGAGGAGAGAUGCGGGAUAACUUUAACCACAAUAACACCCCGAUCUCUUAUGGCGAACAUUUUCAGAAUAGCAGGUUUGUUGAGUCGAUUCUUGACGUCUACUGGGAGCUACCACCAGCAGCUGGUCCUUCCCUCACCCACCAAACUCGCUACGAUCCUGCUCGUGCACCUACACCUAUUGUUGAAGAUGGCCGGUAUCGAAUGUUUAAGCGGCUCGGUUUAGACAGGCUUGAGAGAUCUGUAUUUAAUGGAUAUACGCAGAUGGUGUAUCUGCAAAUUUCCAAACCAGAAACUUGAAACUAUCCAGGAUGGGGUAUGUUUCAACUUCAGUAGAUGAAACUUGUGUCAAUAUAUUUCAUUUCCCUGUAGCAAGCUGAGAGUAUUUUUCUUGUUAACUUAAACGAAACGUGAUGUCCGAUUCUUAGGAUCAUACUCUAUGAUGUUUUUCUAGUGUAAUUUUAUUUAUGUGAUAAUCAAUCUAGUUCACCA